AUGGGUUCUCUCUCAAAAUUAGUGCAGAAAGGAGAUUUAAGUUCAUUACGCGCCUAUUUUAGCACACUUUCGCUCGAUGAAUCGCGUAAAGUAAUAAAUUCACCCGAUAUUCAUAAUGAUACUUUAGUACAUUUUGCAGCACGUUUUCAUAAACUUGAUAUAUUAUCUUUUCUUGUACAAGAUAUGGGUGGCAAUUCCAUGGCUGUGAAUGAACAUGGACGUCAGCCGUUACACGAAGCUAUCGAUAGUUUAGAUUGUGUAAAAUGGUUAUGUGAGCAAAAUGUAGAUGUCAAUUGUAUGAAACGAGGAGAUUGGACACCAUUAAUGAUCGCAGCAAUGAAAGGGAGACUUGAUAUUGUAAAAGUUCUUGUCGAUCAUGGCGCCAAUAUAAACUUUCAGAAUAAAGACGGGUGGAAUAGCCUUCAUUUUGCUGCGAAAGAAGGUCACCUUGAUACAGUAAUAUUUUUACACACAAUUUCACCAACACAAAGUUUAAUGCCAAGUAAAUCAGGUCGUUUACCAAUUCACACAGCAGCAUUAUGUAACCAUCCCAUGAUAGUUUUUUACUUACUCUCAUCAACUUCAUCACAAAAAAAUUUACAAUAUUUAUUGUCAUCGGUUGACAACAGUGGAACUUCUUUAUUACAAAAUGCAGUAGUUUCUGGAAAUAUUAUGAUGGUCAAAAAACUAAUUCAAGAAUAUUGUUGCUCUAUAACACAUAAAGACAAAUUAGGAAGACAAACUAUACAUAAUGCGUCGAUGACUGGAGAUCUAGAUAUGAUUAAAGUAUUAGUUGAAGCAGAAAGCGAUGUGAACGCUAAAGAUGAAUGGGAUGGUUGGACACCUUUACAUCAUGCUUGUAAAGAAGGACAUUUACAUGUUGUAAAGUAUUUGGUGAAUGAAUGUAGUGUCGAU